AUGCAGACAAGCAAAGCCAAAGUGUCCACCAGGAAGCCGAGGGUGCCAAAGACGCCAAAGGUCAAAUACAGAAGGAUGACAAUCACGAAAAACCGUGCAUGCACAAAAGACGUGUACAGAGACUUAUACCACCACCCCGAGGACCUUUCCACCAUCAGUCACUUCAAUGUGAACGAACUAGACGCUGAGUACCUCCGCAAACUGUUGUCCCUCAACAUGCCGAACCUGGAGGGCAUCAAUUUGAAAGCCCGGUCAAACGCACUUUCAAUGCUGGAUGAGGGACGCAAGAGAGAACUAAACAGCCGUAUGGAUGUUCCACUGUUUCCCCACCCAACUCUCACAACCCUCAAGCUGUGGAACCUCACGAUUGAUGCUUUGGCACGGUCAUCCGUCCGGCCGCUUCCUUUUGAGAAUCUUGACUCCUUCUACCUCCACGCCCGCGGAUAUUCACACGAGGUUCUAAAUAAAUUCCUCAAGAACGCAAAGUCGCUCAGGCAUCUGGAGUUUCAUCAUCCGUUUGAUGUACGACCGCACUCAGAUCCCCCUGAUUUCUCCGACCUCCUCCAACCAUGCAAGAGGAGUCUCAAAAUAUUAGAGCUGUGGUGGGAUUGCACGGAUCACCUUUCCUUCAACAGUCCGGGCAUGAAAUUUGCAGAGUGUACUGCCCUGCAAUAUCUCGCUAUUCCUCCCACAGCAUUGUUUGGCCCCUAUUGGUAUAAGAGGGAUCUUGACUUCUUGCAAAUGCUCAAAGAUCAUAUCCCGCCCAACCUCAAGGUUCUGUUCCUGCAGGAUAUUUAUCCAUGUUGGUCAGAAGAGCCUCUCCCUCCGGACUGUGAUCCAGAAGCAAUAUUACUUCCCAAUGAUCACAAACUGAUUAAAACAUUGCUUAUUAACAUUGAAUUAUUUCCGGCACUAAGAUACAUCGCUUGGACAUCAGAGAUCGGCACCAUUCCGCCGGAGGAUCUUGACGAUAUGGCCGGAGAAUUGGGAAUCACCCUUGAGUGGAUGACCAAUAGAUCUGAGCUGCCGCCUGAUGUAAAAUGGCUUGAUAGCCUAUGA